AUGGUUUCCUUAAAAGUCUCAAAUGAUAACGUCAAGUAUAACAGUGACAACACUGUUUUAACUUCUUCUUACACCUAUCAAAACUCAAUUGUCUCAAAACAAGGUGAAACUUAUACAGUUAAACCUUUCACUAAAGAUUAUGAAUUUCAAGUUGAUUUGAAAGUCCCAAAAGUUGGUUUGUUAUUAGUUGGUUUGGGUGGUAAUAAUGGUACUACUUUUGUUUCCGCUGUGGAAUCAAAUAAACAAAAAAUUGUCUUUAAUACAAAAGAUGGUGAAAUUAAAUCAAACUAUUUUGGUUCAGUUACUCAAGCUUCCACUGUUAAAAUUGGUAUUGAUGAAUCUGGUAAGGAUGUUUAUGUUCCAUUCAACUCAAUUUUACCCUUAGUUGAUCCAAAUGAUUUAAUCGUUAGUGGUUGGGAUAUUAAUGGUGAAAAUUUACAAAAUGCUGCUAAAAGAGCUAAAGUUUUAUCUUAUGAUUUACAAUCUCAAUUAGGUUCUAUAGAGUAG